AAAAUAUACAGUAAGUAGAAGCAAUGGAGCAAAAUGUGGAAAACGUACGUGCUCCUCCCAAGAGUUUGUUACAGAGUGAUGAUCUGUAUCAGUAUAUCCUGGAGACUAGUGUUUACCCACGUGAGCCAGAAUUUCUCAAGGAGCUAAGGCAUGUCACUGCUAGUCAUCCAAGGGCAAUGAUGGCUACUGCACCAGAUGCAGGCCAGUUGAUGGCCAUGUUGUUGAAUCUAGUAAAUGCGAAAAAGACAGUUGAAGUUGGAGUCUUCACAGGAUACUCUCUUCUCCUCACUGCUCUUACAAUUCCAGAGGAUGGCAAGAUCAUAGCCAUAGAUGUAAAUCGGGAGACAUUUGAGAUUGGGUUGCCAAUAAUUAAGAAAGCUGGUGUCGCAGACAAAAUUGAUUUCAUUGAGUCUGAGGCUUUACCAGUUCUUGAUCAGCUAUUACAGAAUAACUUUAUUGGAAGAAAUGGAGCAAAAUGCAAAAAAGGUACCUAGUCCUUCUAAGGUUAUAUUGCAGAGUGAAGAUUUGUAUCAG